AGACGCUAAACAGCUCUCGAGUUCACAGACACAACACAACUUAUUUUAACUGCCAUGAUGAAGAUUUUGGCGCUGUGUCUGCUCGCCUGCGCUGUCAUGGCGGAGGACAAGGCACACGGCAGCGGCAGCCAAGGCGACACGCGUUUUCUCGGGAGCUUCCUCGGCGGUCUUGCAGCAGGCUUCCUUGGCAGACCGAACAGACCCAACAGACCCUUCAGACCCCAUGGGACCGGGGGCUUCCAUCCGGGUGUCCAUCCAGGCUUCAAUAACGGCUUCAAUAACGGUUUUAACGGCGGCUUCCAUCCAGGCUUCAGCAGCGGGGUUCAACACGGUUUCAAUAACGGCUUCAACACCGGUUUCCAGCCAGGGUUUCACGGCGGCGUCAACCAAGGCUUCAACCACGGCUUCCACCCUGGCUUCAACAGCGGCUUCGGUUCCGGCUGUAGGCUCUGCAGGGCGCCGGGAGGACACGCCUACUGCUGCUAGGGCGCCGGGAGGACACGCCUACUGCUGCUAGGCGCCGGGAGGACACGCCUACUGCUGCAAGGGCGCCGGGAGGACACGCCUACUGCUGCUAGGGCGCCGGUCCCGAGCCCGCCCACGUGUCGGCAGGAGAUGGGCGUCCUGCGGGGAGACCCUUCGCUUCGGCCAACUGAAGGCAACAGUGUAUU